ACUGAUUAUCAUUCUUACUCCCAGGAUUCAUCUUCUUCCUAGCAUCAUAGUCAUAUCAUUUAUCUAUCCUUUCUUUCGUCACAGCUUCAACUUUCUUCUUUUUUCCUAUAGAGGGAAUCAAGAGUUUCAAGCCGAAGAAUUCCCACUUUUUCUUUCUUUCUUUCUACCUAAGUUUCUCUUUCCUGUGUAAAGAAUCUGUAAAUAGUGUGUUGGGUUUUCUUGGAAAGAUGAUCUCAGUGGUUUGGGAUCUUGGCAGGGAACACGAUCUAAUUCCCUCUGUCUGCUGCAUAUUUUGGUUUCUAGACUUUCUUCGAUUUUGAAAAGACACGCCUUUGAUCGAUUCCUCCUCAAGGGUGCCUGCCCAUAGGGUUCUGAUUCCUUCAACUCCGGGGGGUUUUCUUGAUUUAAAUCCAGAAAAUCGCCAUUGUUGGAACUCCACCUCCGCGGAUUUUCCCCUGCUUCUCACACCGGAAGUCAUGGAGAUUCUCUCGCCGGCGGCGGCAGCCUCUUCCUCGCCUUACCUGGCGAACUCGAUCUGGGUGCUUGAGGAGACCAAAUGGACGGCGGCUGAGAACAAGGCCUUCGAGAGCGCGCUUGCUCUGUACGACAGUGACACGCCGGACCGGUGGAGGAAGGUGGCGGCGAUGGUGCCGGGGAAGACGGUCACGGACGUGAUGAGGCAGUACAAGGAACUGGAGGAUGAUAUUUGCAGCAUUGAGGCCGGACAUAUGGACCCCGUCCCUUUCCCGGCGCCCUUGGAAUGGAGUCGCGCCGGCCCUUUCGACGCUCGGACCCAGUUCCUCGGUGCCGGCGGGAAGAGAUCUCCGUCCCACCGCCCGCCGGAGCAGGAACGGAAGAAGGGUAUCCCCUGGACCGAGGAAGAACACAAACUGUUCUUGAUGGGUCUGAAGAAAUACGGGAAAGGCGACUGGAGAAACAUCUCCCGCAACUUCGUCGUCACCAGGACGCCGACCCAAGUGGCCAGCCACGCGCAGAAGUAUUUCAUCCGACAGAUCUCCGGCGGCGGGAAGGACAAGAGGAGAGCCAGCAUUCACGACAUAACCACAGUAAACCUCGUCGAAACCCAAACGCCUUCUCCGGAUUACAACAAACAGACCACAGUAAACAUGUUCGUCUCCCCUUACUUUUGCACUCAGAUUAUGCCAUUUCAGAUUCAUCCACAAACCCAGUAUUAUUCUGGUUGAGAUUAGAGAACCAGAAAUAAUGGGGUGUUUCUUGCAAUUUCUCGCUUUGUUCUCUUGAGAAUUGAUGAUGAGAAUCAAGAUGUAAUUAAGCUUAUGUUUCUUGUUAAGAAAAGAGAUGAGAAAUGUUGGGCUCAUGAUGAAUGUUCAUCUCGAACAUGAAAAUCAUUGUGAAUCAGUGAUGUGAAGUAGUCAUAUUUCUCUGAUAUUUUUGCUGAAGUUUUUAAACCAAUACUCGGAAAAAUCUUUGAAUAUACAAGAAUACUUAGAAAAUCAAUUAAUUACAUUAUA